UUGAAAAAGACGUUUGUUGGUGGUGGUCGUUGUUUUUGUCUUGAAAAAAAUUACGAUACAUUUAUUUAUUUGUUACGUUUUAAAAUAUUUUAUCGUGCGAUAAUAAUUAAUGUAGUGUUAAUUAUUUUAUCUAGUGCAAGUGGUGUCGUAGUUUUGUGUGUGCGCUCUUGUGGAAGAUUGAUAAGAACAGGUGAUGCCGUCGAAUACACCCCGAAUGGAUCGAUAUCGGUGACUUUGAGUUUGGAGUGUUUUUAAGCUGAAUGCGAGGGGAGACGAAGAUGGAGAAGUCUGCCCGCCCUCGAACGGCCCUCAACGAAUGCGUGAAGGUGGUGGUGCGAUGCCGGCCACUUUCAGAAAAGGAGAAAAAUGAGGGUUACGAGGAGGUGUCAAAGAAGCGGCGGCCGGAACAGAAAUGGUACGAGCGGCUGUCGACAAAAACGACAGUGGACAAUAAAAAGUUUGACGCCCCCUUGCAGGUGGUGAAGGUGUGGCCGGAGCGCGGCGCCGUGCAGGUGUACAACCCCAAGGGGCAGGACAAGCUGUUCACGUACGACGCCGCCUACGACUGCGCCGCCGACACGCAGACCAUAUACGAUGAGAUGGUCCGUCCCCUGGUCGCGUCCGUGCUGGACGGGUUCAACGGCUGCGUGUUCGCGUACGGGCAGACGGGCACCGGCAAGACGCACACCAUGGAGGGCACGGCCGAGCACGAGGGCGUCAUCCCGCGCACCUUCCGCCACAUCUGGGCGCACAUCGAGAACACCGCCUCGCCCGACGUCACGCACCUCGUGUCCUGCUCCUACGUCGAGCUCUACCUCGAGGAUGUUCGGGAUCUGCUCUCCAAGGACUGCAAGAAGCUCACCAUCCGAGGGCAGGAGCUGAACGGGUUCUACAUCCCCGAGAUGACGUCAGUGGUGUGCGCGUCGGCGGCGGAGAUGGUCCGCGUGAUGCGCGCGGGCAACCGCCACCGCGCCGCCGGCCGCACCGACAUGAACGAGCACUCGUCGCGCUCGCACGCCGUGUUCCUCGUCACCGUCGAGACCGCGCACCGCACCACCAACCGCAUUCGCGUGGGCAAGCUGAACCUGGUGGACCUGGCGGGCAGCGAGCGGCAGCGCAAGACGGGCGCGUCGGCCGAGCGCCUGCGGGAGGCCUCGCGCAUCAACCAGGCGCUGUCCUCGCUCGGGAACGUCAUCUCCGCGCUCGCCGAGAACAGCCCGCACGUGCCUUACAGGGACUCAAAAUUAACGCGUAUCCUCCAAGACUCACUGGGCGGCAACAGCAAGACGAUCAUGAUCGCCAACAUCGGGCCCGCCUCCUACAACUACGACGAGACCAUCACCACGCUGCGGUACGCGCACAGGGCGAAAGCGAUAAAGAACAAGCCAGUUCGAAACGAAGACCCGAAGGACGCGAAGCUGCGCGAGUACCAGGCGGAGAUCGAGCGCCUGCGCAUGCUCAUCGAGCAGCGCAAGGCCGCCGAGCUCAGGCGCCGCCGCGCGCCCCGCCCCAAGCAGCAGGCGCCGCUCAGCGAACAAUCCGAAGAAGAAACGGUUAGCAUCGAAAAUGAACACUUGUUAGCGGAAUCGACGAUAGAGCAAGAGAAAAACAAGACGGAGGAGUUGGAACAACAAAUCCGGUCGUUGGAAGACCGACUAGUCACAGGGGGCGGGGGCAAGGACCUCAUCAACAACCUGAACGAGAGCCAGAUCAUUCUCGAGCAGCGGAACAUGGAGAUCGCGGAGCGGAAGAAGCGGGAGGUGGAGAUGCAGCAGAAGAUAGACCUCGAGGAAGAAACGACGACGAUAGUCACCAACACAUUCGCCACCUUACAGCAGGAGGUCGACCAUAAAACGCAGAGGUUAAAAAAGUGCCUGGCGAAGUACACGUGCGUCCGCGAGGAGACGGCGGAGCAGCGCGAGGCGCACGACGCCGAGCGGCGCGAGCACGAGGCGCUGCAGGCCGCGCUCAUCGCCGAGCUGCGCCGCCGCCUGCUCGUGGCCGACUCCUUCGUGCCCGAGGCCGGCCGCGCCACCGUGCUGCGCCUGCGCUACAGCGACGACGCCGACGCCUGGGAGCUGCCCGAGCACAGGUACCCGGCGCACAGCACCCGGCCCGCGCACAGCACCCUCCCCGCGCCGCCGCCUGCUCGUGGCCGACUCCUUCGUGCCCGAGGCCGGCCGCGCCACCGUGCUGCGCCUGCGCUACAGCGACGACGCCGACGCCUGGGAGCUGCCCGAGCACAGGUACCCGGCGCACAGCACCCGGCCCGCGCACAGCACCCUCCCCGCGCCGCCGCCUGCUCGUGGCCGACUCCUUCGUGCCCGAGGCCGGCCGCGCCACCGUGCUGCGCCUGCGCUACAGCGACGACGCCGACGCCUGGGAGCUGCCCGAGCACAGGUACCCGGCGCACAGCACCCGGCCCGCGCACAGCACCCUCCCCGCGCCGCCGCCUGCUCGUGGCCGACUCCUUCGUGCCCGAGGCCGGCCGCGCCACCGUGCUGCGCCUGCGCUACAGCGACGACGCCGACGCCUGGGAGCUGCCCGAGCACAGCGGCGCGGAGGUGCUGACGGUGCGUCCCACAGCAUCAGGCGGGCGGCGGCCGCUGUGCUCGGCGGCGCUGGGCCCGGGCGCGGCGGCGCGGCGGCGGCCGCACAACCUGUUGGAGCUGGCGCCG